AAAUGAAUUAAUCGUUUGACGCUUUCCAACACUGCUCGAAUUGUGGGUGGAUAAUUUUAGAGAAUUUGUUGCAUGCACUCGAAACAAUGGAAAAAACAAAUGGAAUACAUUACAUUGAGCUGUCCAACAAUUGCAUACGCUUCGAUGCCGCCAGUCAGCUGACCAAUGUCUUCUUCGACGACUCCAACAAGCAGAUUCUUGCAGUACGUUCGGGUGGUGCAACUGGCGUGGUGGUCAAGGGACCAGUGGAGGACACUGUCAUAUCGUUUUGCAUGAAUGAUCGAGGUGGUGCAAUACGUUCUAUUAAAUUCUCACCCGACAAUCAAGUUCUGGCCGUGCAGCGCAAGGAAAAUGCUGUGGAAUUUGUGUGCUUUCAAGGAGAGCAGCCCAUGUUGCAGGACAUCAUCACACACCAGGUGAAGACGGUUAUCUAUGGCUUCGUUUGGGUGCACAAUCGCGAGCUGGCACUCAUAUCCAACACGGGUGUGGAGAUCUUUCAAAUACUGCCGGAGAAGCGUCAAGUGAGAUCCGUGAAGGCAUUGAGCAUUAGUAUCCUGUGGUUCGCCUGGUGCUGUGACGCCAAUGUGGCACUAUUAUGCACCAAGGAGGGCAACACCCUAAUCCCAGUGCUUGUCAAGCAGAAGGUCAUCACCAAGCUGCCCAAGGUGGACUUGGGGAAUCCGGGUCGUGAGGUGCUCGAGAGCAGAGUCACGCUUGGCAGAGUCUACGGCGUGCUGGCCGUGCUCAUACUGGAGGCGAACAGCAGCACGGGCUUGAUGGAGGUGGAGGUGCAUCUGUUAAAUGGUCCUGGUCUGGCGCCACGUAAAUGCCACGUCCUACGUCUCAGCAUUCCCUCGACUCAGGCUCGAUUUGCCAUCAACACUGUGGACAAUUUGAUUGUAGUGCAUCAUCAGGCGACAGCCACAUCGCUGCUCUUUGACAUUGCUCUCAGCGGGGAGGUGAUUAAUGAGGUGACCUAUCAUGCACCCAUUACACCGGGUCGUUCCAUCAAACCCUUUAGUCUCAAGCUGCCCUCGCUGUCGCCAGAUGGACAAAUCCUGCAGUGCGAACUUUAUUCCACUCACUGGGUGCUGUUCCAGCCAAACAUUGUCAUCGAUGCCAAGUUGGGCUGCAUGUGGUAUCUGAAUCUGGCCAUUGAACCACUCUGUCAUCUAAUCUCGGAUCGCAUUCGACUCACGGAGUUUCUGCUGCAACGUUGCAGUGGCAAGCAGAUGCUGCUCAAGGUGUUGCAACAACUGAUUGAUGAACAGUACAAGGGCACACUGCUCCCAGUGCUGGAGACCAUCUUCGACAAGAUCAACAAGAUCUAUGCCUCCUGGGUGCAGUUGGAGUUGCAGAAUCAGACGGCGCAGCCUUCGAAUGUAAAGACCACAAUCACCAAACACGUUGCUCCGCCCAUUGUGCUCAUUGAGCAGUCGGACAUGGUGCAGAUUCUACAAACAAUUGCGGAACGUCCGUAUACGGAAUCUGUGCUGAUGUUGUAUCUGCAAUCCUUGAACAAGUACAACAUCUCCGCCCAGGAGGAGCUGAGCAAGAUGAUCAUCAGUGAAUUAAUACGCAAUCGCAGCUUUGAUACACUGCGUCGUUUGGUCAGUUAUUCCAUGGUGCAGGAAUCCAAAGCUGUGGCAUGUUUUCUUUUGGCGCAUUCCGAUGUGAACUCGGCCAUUCCACAGGUUGCCAUCGAUAUGUUGGGCAAAAUUCAGGCACAUGAGAUUAUUAUAGAGGUGAUGCUGGGUCAGGGCAAGGUCAUUGAUGCACUGCGUCUGGCCAAAAACUCUUUGGGGCUAGAGAAGGUGCCAGCGCGCAAGUUCCUGGAGGCCGCGCAUAAAACCCAAGAUGAUCUCAUCUUUCACAGCGUCUACAGAUUCUUCCAAAUGCGCAAUCUACGCAUGUACGAGACGCUGGCGUUUCCCAAAGCUGAACAGUGCACCGAGUUUAUACAGCAUUAUAAUAAUACUUUCCCUUCGGAUAGUCCCAUUAAAAUACAGAUCAACUGAUUUCUUUGACUUUCGAGUUAAUUUUGUGAUUUAGCUAAUAAUCGGAAUAUUCACACUGGAGUCUAUAAAUAGUUUAAGUUUGUAAAUUAAUCUAAAGAAAAUAUUAAUCAGUUAGGCAAACAAACAAAACAUAAAACAAUUUUGUUGGAAAA